AUGUCAUCUUCAGUCAGAAAGCCAAGAGCUAAACCAUGGCAAGGACAAGUGACAGAUGUGCCUGAGGUGGCAGAUUCCGCAAUAGUAGGGCCUACGAAAUCGACACCGGUGAGUGAGGGAAGCUAUGGUACCACAGACUCGGCACCAGAGCUUCCGAAACGGCCUGCAGUGCUCGAAUCAGAGACAGAUGCGAACAACAUGCGCAGCAACGUUGGAUACCAAACCGGGAUGUACGGUCAGAAUGGGGUCGGACAUGGUGGUGGAUACGGAGGGUCGAUGUAUGGAGCCGGUCUGGGAUCAUUGUACGGAUCAAGUGGAUACGGUUCGAUGUAUGGAUCAGGCUACGGUUCAGGGUAUGGUUCGAUGUACGGAGCUGGAGGCUACGGGUCGAUGAUGGGAGGCUACGGAGCGACAAACAUGUAUGGAAUGGGAGGAAUGAACGGCAAUGGGGCCCAGGGCCUUGCUGAAUCGACCCAAGCUACGUUCCAACUGAUCGAAAGCCUGAUUGGGGCCGUGGCAGGGUUCGCCCAGAUGCUCGAAGCGACCUACAUGGCCACUCAUAACUCAUUCUUCACUAUGGUGUCAAUGGCAGAGCAGAUCGCGUCGCUGAAAGAAAUGCUGGGGUCAUUCCUGGGUAUUUUUGCGGCCAUGAAGAUGCUCAAGAAGCUACUAUACAAGGUUACCAGUGGCAGGCUGGGCACAGCGCCACAACGUAAGUCUGCAAUCGCAGGGCCUAAAAGCGAGCUGGCGAAGGAGUUUGACAAUUUUAGAGGACGUUAUUUGGAGCGCGAGAAACGUGGGAAAAAACGGAUCUCGUGGAAGCCAUUGGUUAUAUUUUUGGCCGCGGUCUUCGGGUUUCCAUUCUUGCUGCGAAAGUUCAUUGCACGAUUGGCAGAGAUCCAACAACGCAAGACGUUACUGGCUCGGAACAACGGUUCUGGCGUGCCCUCGGGGCUGGACCCACGGAAUCUCGAGUUUGCUCGGGCCACGUAUGACUUCACGCCAGAGAACCCACAGAUCGAGGUCCGGCUGCAGAAGGGCGAUCUGAUGGCGGUGAUGAGCAAGACAGAUCCAAUGGGUCGCGAAAGUGAGUGGUGGAAGGUGCGCACGAAGAAGGGCGACGUUGGCUACGUGCCGAGUAAUUAUUUGGAGCUGAUACGCCGGCGUGUGGAGAGCGUAGAGAGCGUGGGGGACGUGGAGAAGCAAUAG